AUGGAUGCAAAGCCUCAAGCUAUUAUACCAUCUUGGAGACUAACAAAUGCAAAGAGCUGGAGAUCUCUACGUGCAGCAUCUUCUGGUAGACAGGUCAACAUCCCUGAGGAAAACAUAAAGAAAAUGCUCAAUGUACCAUUUUCGUCUCUGCUUACAAGCAAUGAAGAUGUGAAAAAAGCUAUUAUUUUUUCCCAUAAUGAAGCUAGAAGAAAUGCUAAACCCUCUGCAAGUAACAUGCUAGAAAUGGUAUGGGAUGAUGAUGCCGCAAAAAAAGCAGAAGGGUACGCCAAAAUGUGUAUAGCUGGCCAUAGCCCACCUAGCUACAGAAAGAUUUCAGAUAUCAAUUGUGGAGAAAAUGUAUUCCUGUCGUCAUUUAAAGCCGCUUGGGAAGAUGUAUUGCAAUCAUUUCUAAGUGAAGCUGUAGAUUUCGAUUAUGGGAAAGGACCAAAGAGUCCUUCGUUAGAAAUUCGUCAUUAUACACAGAUGAUGUGGGCCUCCUCAAAUCGUGUUGGAUGUGGUGUAGCUGAGUGCUCAAAUAAUGUCUUCAAAUAUGAUUACGUCUGUAUUUACUGCCCAGGGGGAAAUGAUGGCGACUCAAUUGGCUUCCCAUACAAAUCUGGACCUGCAUGUGAAGAUUGCAAAUCAUCGUGUGACAAAGGCCUUUGCACAAACCCAUGCCCACAUCAAGACAAGUAUGCAGAUUGCAAAGACUAUUAUCAUGGACAAAAAUGUGAUGCAAGCCUCGAGGAAGAUUGUCCUGCAACCUCGAUAUGCCAUGUUUCAAUCACAUUCUCAACAGUUUUGACCCCCAAAGGCACUCAACAAUUUGCAGAGGAAGAUUCAUUUUGGACACUUGAAGAGCUUGUAGUAAGGAGGCAGGAAUUCCCAGUAAACAGACGGUCUGAUGAAACUUAG